AUGCCUCCAAUCUAUCUUUUCCUUGCGUUGGCUCUGCUCCUAGGUCUCUGGGGAACCAGAGAAGACGGGGGAAGAGGAGACAUCCAGCCGGGGCCACAGGACCAGCACACCCCUUCCUAUCCUAGCACCAACCGGACAAGAACGCCUGGCUGGCUGAGUGAACCCCUGCGUGUGCAAAGGCCCAGAAGUGAGCAUUCUAUGUAUGCCACCAUGAUCUUUGCAUUUCGAGGCCAGGACCAUCCCGUCUUUGCGGCACAGCAUCGCCCAAGCGAGCUCGCCGGCAUGACCACAUCUGCACGCCAGCGUACAAGCAGUUAUGGUGGGAGGCAAUUGACCGUCAUUGACUGUGAUCACCGGUCUGCGCAGGCAGGAAAUCCCGUUGCCGUGCUCGCUUCUGCGAUCCCCAGGCAAGGGUGA